AUGGAAGAGGAUAAAAUUCACACUGGAGAGAAACCUUAUGGAUGUAACCAACAUGGGAAGGCUUUUAGACAUAGAGGACUUCUUGCUGGACAUCCCAGCAACCACACUGAAAAGAAAUCUUAUGAAUGUAACUACUGUGGGAAGACUUUUAAAAAAAGAGAUUAUUUUACUACACAUAAUAGAAUCCACACUGGAGAGAAACCUUAUAAAUGUAACCAGUGUGGAAAGGCUUUUACAGAUAAGAGAUAUCUUACUGUACAUCAGAGAAUUCACACUGGAGAGAAACCUUAUGUAUGUAACCAGUGUGGAAAGUCUUUUACAGCCAGAAGAACUCUUAAUUCACAUCAGAAUAUCCACACUGGAGAGAAACCUUAUGAAUGUAACCAGUGUGAAAAGGCUUUUAGAUAUAAGCAAAGUCUUACAGUACAUCAGAGAAUUGUACACUCUAGAGAGAAACCUUAUGAAUGUUACCAAUGUAGAAAGGUCUUUAGAAGCAAGGGAGCUCUUACUGAACAUCAGAGAACCCACACUGGAGAGAAACCUUAUGAAUGUAACCAGUGUGGAAAGACUUUUAGAUAUAAAAGCAAUCUUGUUCAGCAUCAGAGAAUCCACACUGGAAAGAAACCAUUUGAAUGUAACCAAUGUAGAAAGGCCUUUAGAAGCAAGGGAGGUUUUAUUGGACAUCAGAUAACCCACACUGAAGAGAAACCUUAUGAAUGUAACCAAUGUGGAAACGCUUUUAAAUAUAGAGUAAGUCUUAUUAUGCAUCAGAGAAUUCAUACAGGAGAGAAACCUUAUGUAUGUAAUCAAUGUGGAAAGGAUUUUAGAAAUAAGGCAACUCUUCUUUCACAUCAGAGAGUGCACACUGGAGAGAAACCUUAUGAAUGUAACCAGUGUGGAAAGGCUUUUAGAGAAAAGGGAGCUCUUACUGUACAUCAGAGAAUCCACACUGGAGAGAAACCUUAUGAAUGUAACCAGUGUGGAAAAAGUUUUAUAAAAAAAGGAGCUCUUAUUUUACAUCAGAGAACCCAUACUGGAGAGAAACCUUAUGAAUGUAACCAGUGUGGAAAGGCUUUUAGAGAAAAGGGAGCUCUUACUGUACAUCAGAGAAUCCACACUGGAGAGAAACAUUAUGAAUGUAACCAGUGUGGAAAGGAUUUUAGAAACAAGGGAGCUCUUAUUUCACAUCAGAGAACGCACACUGGAGAGAAACCUUAUAAUUGUAACUAGUGUGGAAAGGCUUUUAGGGUUAAGGGAGCUCUUGUUUCACAUCAGACAACACACACUGGAGAGAAACCUUAUGAAUGUAACCAUUGUGGAAAGGCUUUUAAAGAAAAGAACGUUCUUAUUAGACGUCAGAAUAUUCACACUGGAGAGAAACCUUAUGUAUGUAACCAGUGUGGAAAGGCUUUUAAACAAAAGACAAGACUUAAUGAGCACUGGAGAAUCCAUACUGGAAAGAGAUCUUAUGAAUGUAACCAGUGUGGAAAGCCUUUUAGAUAUAAACAGAGUCUUAAUGUGCAUCAGAGAAUCCACACUGGAAAGAAUUGUGGCAAGGAUAUUAGUCAAAGGAAUGCUCUUACUGUCAUCAAAGAAUCCACACAGAAAGAAAACUCGUGAAUGUAACCAGUGUAGAAAGAGUUUUAAACAUAAGAAAAAUGUACCCCAAAGGAAGAUGGGUGAAGAAGAGGGAAGGAUGGUAGGGAGACAACAGAAUCCUCCGGGGGGGGGGGGGGAGAGGGGGGUCAUGAUGUUGGACUGAACUAACCAACUCUUGCCUGCCCCCAAAAUGUAACUGGGAAAUAUUGAACAAAAUGAAGUAGACUGGACAGUGCUGUGUGUCAGAUACCAGAAUCUUUGCUAGGAAUACAAAGACAAAAGUGAGGGUCUCUUCUAAGGGAGCUUCCAAUCUAUCUGGGAAUACAACACAUAUAGCAAAUGAAUACCAGACUGUACCUGGAAUAUUCUCACUCUCUUUUUCUGUCUCUGGCUCUUUCUCUAUUUCUCUCAGACUCCCUAUUUCUCUCUUUCUCGGUUUCACUAUUUCUAUCUCUCUCACUCUCUCACUUCCCCUCUCUGAAUGUUCCC